AUGGAAAAAGAUCAACGUGUAGAAAUAGGUCACGAGAAAAUAGAUGAGAAAAGGAAUGAAAAUAAGGAACGUGAGAAAGAAAGAGAGAGAGUGAAGGAUCACAUUAAAGAGAGAGACAGAGAUAGGGAAAGGCGCAGAAGUAAACAUAAAGAGAGCAAGAAGGCAGAAAGGAGAGAGAUCAGGGAGAAAGAAGAGAAUAUUCAAAGGCGAGCAACAGGAGGUGAGGCCCGAAUAGACAAGAAAGAAGAUGAAGCAAAAAGGAAAGACUAUGAAGGUCAUAUGAUGGACCACGGAAAUGGUGCCAUUAUUGUUCAGACGCCAAUGAGCUGUCAUGAGGAAAACCUGAUCAUUAAGGAGGGCAAACCAGGCAAAACCCUUAAAUCUGCCUCAGUACAUAAUACGAGAGGAGCAACAGCUGAUAUCGGGUCCAAGGGGAGGUCAGGAGAUGAGAAGCAUGCCAGUGGGCAGCCACAUCACAGAGGUGAAAGAGACAGUAGGGGAGGCGGGGAGAAGAUUCUAGAAAGGUGGGAGAAGGUUUCUAUCCCUGGUACGUACCCAGAACCAAGAAAUGGAAUUUCCGAAAACCACAGAUCCAUGUCAGUGGAGGGGGAAAGUUGGGGGGAUCCCUCAUCACAGCGCCCAAAAUAUAGUUACAGGGCCAACAUGGACAAAGGUGAAGAGGAGGGCAACAGACACCACCAUGAGAAGCACUACAGUCCCUCACCAGAGUCCCUCACAGAGCCCAGCUGUAGAAUUGCCCACAUCAUGCAUUCAAAUUUCAAUAGUCCUGACCCAAAGGUAAUCCAGGGUAAACAUCGCAGCGCAGAUAAACCACCAAGGCCUGAAUCCAAAGAUUCAAACAGGAGACGGGGAGAAAGCAGACAGAGCCCUAAUGUCCAUCUUUAUAUGUCUGAGUUAGUGCCUCAUCCCUUUGAAACCAAGAACCAGACGUUCGUUGACGGUCGACCUCCAACUGAACACGGCAAAAGGAAGUCCAGAAGGAGUUCAAAAGAGGAAAGUGCGAAUGGCAUGAAUACCCAGGGGCUCCAGACAACUGAUGAGGAGACUUUGAAUGUCCGGGAUGACAAAAUGGGCAAGCUUAUGAAGGCCAGGUCUGAGUCUCCUCGCGAUAUCCCAGCAGACAUGGGGUCAAAGGGAAGGUCACGAGAUGACAAAUAUUUCAGUGGCCAUAUCCAACCAAGGGUUGAAAGAGACAGCAAGGGAGGGGGAGAGAAGAUUCUGGAACGGUCAGAGAAGGUUCCUCUCUUCAGUUCACACUUAGAGUCAAGACGUCGAGUAUCCGAAAACCACACACCUUUCUCAGUGGAGGAUGAAAGUUGGGGAGAACCCUACAUCAGCCCCUCAUCACAGCGCCCAAAAUACAGCUACAGGGCCAGCAUGGAUAAAGGGGAAGAGAUCAGAUAUGCUCCUGAUAAAUAUUCCUACAGCACACCUGCAGAACCCAACCUGCGAGUUUCACAAAAGAUGGAGUACACAGUGAUAUCCAACAUCAAAACCCCCGAGAUCAAGAGAAAACACAUAAAGCACAAGAGUUUGGUCAGGGAACACAUGACAAUUGAACCAGAUAUGAAAGAGCUGAACAACAUUCAACCAGUGAUGAUAAUGCAGAGCCCAGAUAUUGAACUUGGUGUGUCCAGGUCAUACUCUAAGGCUGAUUCUGCUGUUGAGCAGAUUCCCAGUGGCUUUGCAGACAUUUCUUUGUCACCUGAUUAUCCUGGAAGAAAAACACAAAAAAUCUCAAGAGAUAAAAACUCUACAGCAAUCAAUGCUGUUGAGACUUGGAACAGUCCGGAAUUCCAGAGCACUGCAGCAAACGAAACAGAUGAAUAUAGUCAAGGUGGUUCCUCACUGGGAGCGAUAAAGUGUUUGGAAGGAUGGGGGAAAGGGCUCGUUUACGAACCCCAGUUUGAGACAAAACAGGGAGACAGGUGUUCUGAUGGAUCUCCUGAGAAAAAGGAAACCUAUCCAGUACAGUGGCUGUCCAAUUCAAGGAGGCCUAGGUACAGCUAUGGUACUAAUAGAGAUGUGGAAGAUGAAAGUGUAAAUCUGUUGAAAAAAAGCAUUGCUCACCUUUCUCAGGUGUCUGAUCAACCAGUGCUUAGAAUUACCAAUAAAUCAGAAUAUAUGGUAUCCUCCACAUCAACCAGUCCUGAGAUGAACAGGAAACUGAUCAAAUAUACCAGCUCAUUGGAGGAUCAGCCAUCUGCUCUUUCUAACUUCAUUAACAAAGCCAAGCAACUCGAAAUUGCAACGACAAUGCAGCCGGUCUCAGCCUAUGAGUCCUCGACAGUGCCGUGCCCAUUGAAUUCAGACAGCUCAACCAAAGACGAUCAACAGGCCAAUGAACUAGACUAUGGUGGUAGCAACUUUAUAUACAAGACUUCUGUUCCCGGAAGUCAGGUAGAAUUAAGUUCCACUAACUCUCAGGAUAGACCAAGAGAAUGGCAGAGAGGUGUUUACAGCAAACCUAACCCUCAUGACCUACCAGAUGGGGACACUCAUCGAGAACGCAAGGAAACUGUUUCAGGAGAUGUCAAACUGAUGGCUUCACAAUCAUCGACCUCACUUCGCCAGAGAGCGGUGUCUUCAUUGGGAAUGACAUUAACCGAUGGGACUUUGUCUGUUGAUAUCCCUAGACCAAUUGUGUCUGCAUCGCGGAAGAAUCUGCUUGGAACAACUUACAACACUGAGAUGGUCUCAAAUAAGGUACGCUCCAAACCUGUUCACUUCAAACACCAAUACCAGGAGUGUCAAAAGAGAUCACUGCAGACCCGAAAACGGUACCAAGAGGAAGUGAAGGCAGCCCUGAUGAUCCAGGCUGCGUGGAAAGGCUACCAGACUAGAGCACAGAUUCGGAAACAGGCAGAGGCUGCGGUUAUAAUCCAAGCAGCCUAUCGCGGCUACCAGAUCAGAAAGUUUCUAACAGAGGGUAUUAGUGAGAAUGAAAUGGAUGAACUAAACGACUUACAGAAUGAAGACUGGCAAAACUCUGAAUAUCCAGAUGUCUUUCUAGAAGAAAUUUCACAGAGUGACUACAGUGAGAGUGAUGCAGAUUCAACAGAGGACUGGCUGGAGUCACCUGUCAGCAUGAUAAUGGGCAGCCCAGGGAGUUAUGGAAAUGAAAGCUUAGUCCAUGAGGGCAGCCCUAUCGAUGUUGGUUGCCCAAACCCUUUGCCGCAGUAUGAAAGUGUAUACCAAUCGCAGACCUGCAACUGGGGAGGGAUUUAG